UUCCAGUUCAUUUUUUCUCCUCUUUUUCUUCAAUGUAAAUAGAAACAUGCGUUCCACUGCAUUUUUGAUGCGUUUUACUGUGUCCCAGUACAGUUUUGUGCAGGAAAAAUGCAGCAUGUUCUACUUUUUUUCUGCAACUGGAACUCACUGGAACUGCAAGCACUGAUGUGAACUAUGACAUUGACAAACAGAGAACCUACUUUCUGUGCGUUUUGGAUGCAAAAAAGCGCAUGUAUGCGUUUUUGUGGUGUGAACUGGCCCUGAAAGU